UGAGUCACCCAUCGCUUCGUGUGUUAAACAGAGUUUGUGUCAGGAAGUGAAACUAUGAGCUGUAAAGCUUGACCUCUGAUGCUGCUCAAUCGCUCCUGCAGACAUGAUGAACAUCUUUAACUGUUCUUUCUCAAAGCAAACAUCUUUCACAUAUUCUCUCACAAAGAUUUAACAAUAGUGAGCUCUACAGAGAUAAAGCUUGUGUUUGACAUCUGGAGACAUUAACUCUCUUCUCCAGUUGUUCUUGUGUAGUUGAGAUGAGGUCACACAUCAACAGGAAGAGGAAGACCAACAUUUUUAGAUGCACUUUAUAAAGUGUGAUGAUGAUUUUGUCAUUUGUGCAUCGACACUGACACAUUGACACUGCAGAGCGAAGUCACUAUGGUGUCGUCUCUCAUAAAGUCUCUUCCUCUGAUCGUAGUGAUCAUGACUGCGGGUGUUGAUGGUCAGCAGGAUUGGGGAGUGAAUUACAGCCCUUCAUAUGUUUGUGCAUUAAAGGGAUCAACAGUGAAAAUAUCCUGUACUUUAACAUAUCCUCGUGGUCAUGUGAUCAGAACAGUCUUCUGGACCAAAACUCCUGGAGAAUCACCUGAUGUGUGUUCAGAUCAGGAGAAGAGAGGAAGAGUUCGGUGUCAGAGUAAAUAUAAAGACACUUCCAGCAUCACUUUGACGAAUGUAAGAGAAGCUGAUAAACACGUCUACUACUGCAGAUUUACUACAAACAUUGAUGGUGGAAAAUGGACGGGGAUUCCUGGAGUUCAGCUUGACGUCACAGACCUGCAGGUGGAGACACAGCAGAGAGUGAAAGAGGGAGAUUCAGUCACUCUGACAUGUAAAAGCAGCUGCUCUCUGACUGAACAAACAACAUUCAUCUGGUACAGAAACACACAGAGAUUCACUAAAGGAAUUGAGGAAGAGAAUCAGCUUCAUCUGCAGUCAGUCAGUCAUUCUGAUACUGGAUACUACAGUUGUGCUGUAAGAGGAAAUGAACAUCUGAUCUCUCCUGCUGUUUAUCUUUAUGUUGAAUCGGUUGAUGGUCUGCAGGAUUGGGGAGUGAAUUACAGCCCUUCAUAUGUUUGUGCAUUAAAGGGAUCAACAGUGAAAAUAUCCUGUACUUUAACAGAUCCUUAUUAUAAACUCAUAAAAGGUUUCUGGACCAAACCUGUUGGAGAAUCACCUGAUCUGUGUUCAGAUCCAGAGAAGAGAGGAAGAGUUCAGUGUUUGAGUGAAGAUAAAGACACUCACAGCAUCACUUUGACGAAUGUAAGAGAAGCUGAUAAACACGUCUACUACUGCAGAUUUACAGAUUAUUAUAAUAAUAGACGGACAGUGAUUCCUGGAGCUUGGCUUGAUGUCACAGACCUGCAGGUGGAGACACAGCAGAGAGUGAAAGAGGGAGAUUCAGUCACUCUGACAUGUAAAAGCAGCUGCUCUCUGACUGAACAAACAACAUUCAUCUGGUUCAGAAACACACAGAGAUUCACUGAAGGAAUUGAGGAAGUGAAUCAGCUUCAUCUGCAGUCAGUCAGUCGUUCUGAUGAAGGAAACUAUCAGUGUGAAAUAAUGAUCAUCUGA